CCCCUCACCCCCCCGCCCGCCCGGCCCCUCUCCCGCCGGCCGAGCCCCGGAGCGCCGCCGCCGCCGGGGUGUGAGCGGGGCCCGGCGCCGUGCCGGGCCGUCCCUCGCCGGCGGGACCAUGGCCGCGAGCGCCAAGCGGAAGCAGGAGGAGAAGCACCUGAAGCUGCUGCGGGAGAUGAGCAGCCUCCCGCCCAACCGCAAGUGCUUCGACUGCGACCAGCGGGGCCCCACCUACACCGACAUGACCGUGGGCAGCUUCGUGUGCACCUCCUGCUCCGGCAUCCUGCGGGGCUUGAAUCCACCCCACAGAGUGAAGUCGAUUUCAAUGACUACGUUCACACAACAGGAAAUAGAGUUUCUGCAGAAACAUGGAAAUGAAGUGUGCAAACAGAUUUGGCUAGGCCUAUUUGAUGAUAGAUCAUCAGCAAUUCCAGACUUCAGGGAUCCACAGAAAGUAAAGGAAUUUCUACAGGAAAAAUAUGAAAAGAAAAGAUGGUAUGUUCCUCCAGAGCAAGCAAAGGUGGUGGCAUCGGUCCAUGCAUCCAUCUCGGGCUCUUCUGCCAGUAGUACAAGCAGCACACCUGAGGUGAAGCCGCUCAAAUCUCUCUUGGGAGAAGCUGCACCCGCACUGCACUUAAACAAGGGCACACCUAGCCAAUCUCCUGUUGUAGUUCGAUCUCAAGGACAGCAGCAACAAGAAAAGAAACAAUUUGACCUCCUCAGUGACCUUGGCUCAGAUAUCUUUGCUGCUGCCCCUCCUCAGUCAACUGCUACAGCGAAUUUUGCUAAUUUUGCACACUUCAACAGUCAUACAGCGCAGAACUCUGCCAAUGCAGGUUUUGCAAACUUUGAUGCAUUUGGACAGUCUAGUGGCUCGAGUAAUUUUGGAGGUUUCCCCACAGCAAGUCAGUCUCCUUUUCAGCCCCAAAAUACAGCGUUCAGAACGCUUUCAUCUAGCUGCAGUUUUGGUGAAUUUACUUCAGCUUUUCCUCUCCAGGCUGUACACAGUGGAAGUGCUGGAUCAGUGAAUGCUAAUUUUGCUCACUUUGAUAACUUCCCCAAAUCCUCCAGCGCUGAUUUUGGAUCCUUCAAUGCUUCUCAGAGCAACGCCUCAGCAACUGCAGCCAGUAAAGCUGCAGUGAAUAAACUGAAUCUUCAGUCAGCUGACAAAUAUGCAGCUCUUGCUAAUUUAGAUAAUAUCUUCAGUGCAGGGCAAGGUGGGAGUGAGCAGGGAAGUGGCUUUAGCACAGCAGUGUCCUCAGCAGGCCCUGCCUUGUCAGCCCCCAACCAGUCAAGUGCAUCUUCGGACAAGUACGCGGCGCUGGCGGAGCUGGACAGCGUGUUCAGCUCCACGGCCACCUCCAGCAACGCCUACACCGCCACCAGUAACGUCAGCAGCAAUGCUUUUGGAACAGUACCUGUAGCUGCUACAGCACAGACACAGCCUGCAUCUUCAAGCGUGCCUGCUCCAUUUGGAGCAACACCUUCCACAAAUCCAUUUGUAGCUGCCCCUGUUGCCCCAGUGGCACCUUCAACAAAUCCAUUCCAGACCAAUAGCCGAGGAGCAACAGCAGCAACAUUUGGUACUGCAUCCAUGAGCAUGCCGGCAGGAUUUGGAACUCCUGCCUCCUACAGUCUUCCUACUAGUUAUAGUGGCAACUUCCAGCAGCCCACGUUCCCAACCCAGGCAGCUUUCCCUCAACAGACUGCUUUUGCUCAGCAGCCAAAUGGAGCAGGUUUUGCUACAUUUGGGCAAGCAAAGCCUGUAGUAACUCCUUUUGGACAAGUUGCAGCUGUUGGAGUAUCUAGUAACCCUUUUAUGGCUGGUGCACCCACAGGACAAUUUCCAACAGGAAGCUCAUCAACCAAUCCUUUCUUAUAGCCUUAUAGACACUUUACCCAAAAGAACUCUUAUGUGGUCACAUAACAUCUCUGCGCCUCUUGCACUGUUGUCUUGUUUCACUGAUAUUAGCUUUAAACACAAAAGAAGUCUUUAAGAAGUAAAAAUAAAAGCCUGCAUUGUGUACCUUAAAAAGUUUCAAAAAGGAAAAAAAAAACAAACCACCCAACACAAACAGACAAGAAAACCAACCCCCCACCAGGUAAUAACGUGCAAAACAGAGGGCUGUGGUAACAUCCUUGAACCUGUGAAGUGGCAGGUACAAAGUAGCGGUAUCAUGUGUAUUAAAAUUGGCUAAUAAGUUAUUGCAGAUACCACACUCAUUAUGCUGCAGUACUGUACAUAUUUUUCUUAGAAAAUAGCUAUUUGUGCAUAUCAGUAUUUGUAACUUUAACACAUUGUUAUGUGAAAAAUGUUACUGGGGAAUAGAUCAGCCACUUUAAGGUGCUGUUGUAUCUCUUGGAAUGAAUGAGCUGCAUCAUUUUAACCAUUGGUAUUGGAAGUCACGAAGUUAAAUUGAAGGUUUGUUCAUUUCUCAAAAUGUUUUCCUUUCCUAAGAGCUCUUCUAUUUAUACAUGCCUAAAUCUCUAAUGUUAGAGGGAUACCUGUCUGCAUAAUAAAGCUGAUCAUGUUUU